AUGUCCAGCACCCCGUCAGCACAACAGCCCAGAGUGGGCACCGCCGCCAUCAUCUUCAAUGCAAAGAACCCAAGCCAGUUUCUCAUCGGGAAGCGCACGAGUAAAAGUCAUGGCACAGAUACGUGGCAAUUGCCUGGAGGCCACUUAGAUUUCAAAGAGGAGAUCGAGGAGGGCGCCGCCAGAGAGGUCAAGGAGGAGACAGACCUCGACGUCAAGGCCCUCGGAGUCGUGGCAACGACCAACGACAUCUUUGAGAAUGAGGACCCAAGCCAGGUCAAGCACUACAUCACGCUCUUUGUGGCCUGUGAUAUGUUGGAGGCGGAUGCCGUGCCGCGGAUCACAGAGCCCGACAAGUGCGCGGAAUGGAGGUGGGAGACCUGGGAGGGACUCAAGAGGCGGCAGGAGGAUGGCGAGGCUCUGUUUCUGCCUCUACAACACCUGCUAAGUAGGAAGUCUGGGCUCGAUCAACUAAGACGUCCG